ACCAGGGUGGCCCACUUUCUCCAAAUCCAAAUGAAGACAUUUCUCUUACUAGUGAGUCUUUUCCUGCUUGAAUCUGCCAAAGGAGCACCAGAUCAGGAGCGUCCUGGCUCUCUGGAUCAUCAAGCUUCUGUUCAGCAGACUGCAGGUGAGUACAUUUCAUUUGGAAACUCUUCAGACAGCAAGGCUCUAUAUGAGACUUCUUCAAACAAAAAUGGUGAGCAUGUUUCAAGUGGGCAAGUUGCUGUUUCAGGUGAGCGUGCUGUGAGUGAACAUACUUCAAGUGAACAAGCCACUGUCGAACACACUCCUGAACAGUCUUUGGGUGAGAAGCUUUCAGGUGAACAGCUUUCAGGUGGAAAAUCUUCAGGUGAACAGCCUUCCAGUGAACAGUUUGUUACUGAACAAGCUAUUGCUGAACAGGUAACGAGUGAAAAGCCUGCAGGUGAACAGACCUCUAGUGAACAGUCUUCUGGCGAAGAUGCUGCAAGCGAACAGUUUUCUUCAGCUGACCAGAGCACAGGUGAAAAGCUAGCAGGUGAACUGCCCUCAGGCAGUCCUACUGCAGUUCCAGGCACAGCAUUAAACUGUCACACAUGUGCUUAUAUGAAUGAUCAAAGAAAGUGUCUUCAUGGAGAGGGAGUCUGUACCACUCAGAGUUCCCAGCAGUGCAUGCUAAAGAAGAUCUUUGAAGGCGGAAAACUCCAAUUCAUGGUUCAGGGGUGUGAGACCAUGUGCCCAUCCAUGAACCUCUUCUCCCAUGGGACCAGGAUGCAAAUUAUAUGCUGUCGGAAUCAGUCUUUCUGCAACAAGAUUUAGAAGUCUGUGCCCUUGGCUUGACUCAGGCAGCAAAAAUCUCUAUUUAAUAUUUAAUUUCCUAAUAUGGACCAGUUUAUAUUUCAUUUCUUACCCAGUCAACAUCUAUCUCUGCCUGAAUGUCAGAAGGGAUGCUCAAAUACCUUCUCCCUCCUUUCUAAUCCAAUGCCUAUGCUUCUUUGUCCUGUCUUUUCUGUUCCCUUGCCCCAUCUCUCAGCAUGUUUUCAAUAAAAUCCAUAUGGUUGAAGAA